GCGCAUCCGUCCUGAUCCUGAUCCUGAUCCCGUCGCAUCAACAUCACGAGAGACGGAGAAGAAAGCCCCUCGAAAGAUCCAUCGAGGCAAGAGGAAUGCAGCGAGAUAACCAUUGGUGUAAGCGAGCUUGAUUAAUUUCUUCCCGAUAUGUGUAGGCUGUCUCGAAACUGUUCUUGGAUCCCUAGGUUGUCCGGAUCGAAAUUUCCUCAAGAUUUGAUUUUUGCAGCUGCAAAUUCAUAUUGAUUGGUUUGAAUCUGCGAAAAGGGGGAGCGCAGUGGAAUCCUCCAGAUUAUUGUAGAAAGGCGGUUAAAGAAAGCUUCGCGAGCUCUAGCGGCAGCGGCGGCGAGAAUGGGUUUGCCCAUGGACCCGCAGGUGGCCGUCCACGGCGACUGGGUGUCGGCGGUGAUGCCGCUGAUGAAGCUGCUGUGCCUGACGGUCAUCGGCCUGCUCCUGGCCAACCCCCGGACGCAGAUCGUGCCCAAGGCCACCUUCAAGCUCCUCAGCAAGCUAGUCUUCGCGCUCUUCCUCCCCUGCCUCAUCUUCGUCCACCUCGGCCAGUCGGUCACCAUCGACAACGUGCUGCACUGGUGGUUCAUCCCGGUCAACGUGCUCAUCAGCACCGCCAUCGGCUGCGUCCUCGGCUAUGUCGUGGCGCUCAUCUGUCGGCCGCCGCCGCAGUUCUUCAGGUUCACGGUCAUCAUGACCGGGUUUGGCAACACUGGGAAUCUUCCGAUCGCCAUCAUCGGGUCGGUUUGCCAUACCGCGGAUCACCCCUUCGGCCCCGGAUGCCACCGCAAGGGUAUUGCUUAUGUAUCGUUCGCGCAGUGGGUUGCGGUUAUUCUUGUCUACACCUUGGUAUACCACAUGAUGGAGCCACCGAUGCAGUACUAUGAGAUUGUCGGCGAGGGGAACGAGAUCGAGGAAGAGCCUGAAGAACAGAUCAGCAACUUCAGUAGGCCCCUGCUUCAUGAGGCGGAAUGGCCGGGGAUGGCUGAUAAAGGUUUGGAGCACUCCAAGACGCCGUUCAUCGCGAGGAUUUUCAUGAGCAUUUCAGGCUCCUCGCAGAAUACAUUUCCAGAUAUUGAUUUUACAGAAGAGGGGGUUUCUGGUGCGGGACCUAGCAGCCCGAAGUCACUUAGAUGCUUGGCAGAGCCAAAAGUGGUCCGGAGGAUGAGGGUUGUUGCCGAAAAGACUCCAAUUCAGCAUGUUCUUCAGCCACCAACUAUCGCGUCCUUGCUUGCCAUCAUCAUUGGCAUGGUUCCUGUGUUCAAAGCUUUCGUAUUCGCUGCUGAUGCGCCGCUCUCAUUCUUCACCGAUAGUUUGGAAAUUCUGGCUGCUGCCGUGGUUCCCUCGGUGAUGUUGAUUCUAGGAGGCAUGCUUGCAGAAGGCCCAAAUGAUAACGCGCUGGGUAUCCGAACUAUCAUCGGUAUAACUGUGGCAAGGCUUCUAGUGCUCCCAUGCAUUGGCAUUGGUGUUGUGACGCUAGCAGACAAGUUGCAUCUACUUGUUGAGAAUGACCACAUGUACCGAUUCGUGCUCUCAUUGCAAUACUCCACUCCUAGUGCCAUCCUGCUUGGAGCAAUCGCGAGCCUGAGAGGCUAUGGUGUUAAGGAAGCAUCCGCGCUCCUAUUCUGGCAGCACAUUUGCGCAGUGCUAUCUCUUUCCAUCUACUUGGUCGUAUAUUUCAAGUUGUUGUCGUACAUUUGAAGAUCAUUCCCUUCCUUGCAAAUCUGGUUUAUAGCAACCAUCAUGGGCAGCGACGCUGGCCAAGUAAAGGAGUUGUCGAAUGGAUUCUCAACCAGGUCUCCUUGUGGUUAAGUGUAUUUAUAAUUUGCUAGUGAUUUGUAUUUCUGUUACAUGUAUUAUUUGAGAACAGGAGACAGCUUCUUGCCGUUAAUAUAAUGCUGUUGUGCAAUUUUGAUCCAACUGUAGUAUUGCACCUUUUGUCUUACAGUUGUAAGACAGCAUAAGUGGUAAUACAUAGUCUUGUUUGAUUCUGAAA